CCCACCCCUUUCCUACUUCUCUCCCCACCGGUCCACAGCACACGCCAUUCUCCUGCGGAAGACCACGCACAUUUCCAGGUACCACGCACAUUUCCAGAUCCUCGAGACCUGGUGGCCACCUAACUGCUCCCUGCUGCUCACAGGCAGGGCUUCCUUCAUUUCUCACCAGCCUGGCUUUGAACUGCAGGCACAUCACCACUGGGCAUGGCCGGUGUGGACCAGCGUGGGGGCACCAUCCAGGUGCAGGGCCAGAACCUCUUCUUCAGAGAGGCCCGGCCUGGCAGUGGGCAGCUUGUCCGCUUCUCUGUGCUGCUGUUGCAUGGUAUCCGCUUCUCCUCGGAGACUUGGCAGAACCUGGGUACUCUGCAGAGGCUGGCCGAGGCUGGCUACAGAGCUGUGGCCAUUGAUCUGCCAGGUCUUGGGCAAUCCAAGGAAGCAGCAGCCCCUGCCCCUAUUGGGGAACUGGCCCCUGGCAGCUUCCUGGCUGCUGUGGUGGAUGCCCUGGGGCUGGGACCCCCAGUUGUGAUCAGUCCAUCAUUGAGUGGCAUGUAUUCACUGCCCUUCCUCGUGGCCCCCGGGUCCCAACUCCGGGGCUUUGUACCAGUGGCUCCUAUCUGCACAGACAAAAUCAACGCUGAGGACUACACCAGUGUGAAGACUCCAGCUCUCAUUGUAUAUGGAGAUCAGGACCCCAUGGGCUCCUCCAGCUUUCAACACCUGAAGCAGCUGCCCAANCACAGAGUGCUGGUCAUGGAAGGGGCGGGGCAUCCCUGUUACUUGGACAAGCCUGAUGAGUGGCAUAAGGGGCUGCUGGAUUUCCUGCAAGGGCUAGCCUGAGACUCAGUCCCGACUGCCUGCUCUAGGAUCUCUUGCUGUCUUCUCCUGGUCUCUGGCUUCUGCCUCACCUGUAGCAGGUCUGUCUAUACAUCUGUCUGGGUUCCUAUCAUUUCUGUUUUUCUCUUGCAGUGACAGAUCAGAUCAAGGAGGUAAAAUCAAGUGGAAAAAGCGUCGGGUUCAAGGGGAGAACUCUGAUUGUGGGUAAUCCUUAAACUUCCUCUAUAGGCUCCCGCUUGGUUCUCAAGUCUGCCUUACUUUACUUUCGGAUCCAUCUCCCUCUNCAGCAGCUCCACAGGACAGCCAUUCCUUCUGCUCCCCUACCCUUAGNCCACAGAUAACAUACGGGUAUGCCUGUUUAGAUCCAUCCCACAUCCAGACAGAACCUUUCCCUUGGGAGCAGCACAGGGGUCCCACAUUCUGUGUAGCUUGCACAGGUACACGUGCAGUUUCCUGAAGGACGGAGGGAGUCUUUUUGUAAGAGACCCACUUGCCAGGAUAAAAAUAUGGCCAACCCUGGAUCUCUCUUUCCUACCCCUUGCAACUGGUCCCAGACCAAAAUUGCCUCCUCAGAAGGGGAGGUGCUUUUCAAAUCUNCUCCCUUCUUCUUGGGGGCUGCACACCUCCCCAGGUAAUCAAGCACGAGUCUUCUCAGCCAAGCCCAUUUCCUGCCCUGAGGUUUGGGAGUGGGAUGAGGAGAGGAGACCGACUGCGGAGGUCCCUGAAAUAAAGUGAUACAAUUAAACCUCA